UGUCAACACAUGUGCGUCCGUCGUAGCCAUGCGUUUUCGAUAAAAAACUUUCAUCACUCUGUGGUUAUUUUCAAACAUAAAAAAUGCCAAGAGACAUAUCAUCUUCAUCAAGUGAAGAUGAAGCGGACAGCCCCACCACGGAGUCUGCGGUACAGCAGAAAGAAACCAAUAAGAAGACCACCAGGUACCAGUGUCCUGCUGACUUUGUGUCUUUCUGCCAUAAGCCCUGCAGCAACACACUAACAGAGAGUCUAAAGAGCAACAAGAAGGAGUUAUGGCUCAUUAAAGCUCCUGCCAGCUUUAACCCAGAAUGUGUCAGUGGCAUCAAGGUGCCCCUCUCAGGUCUCCAGACCGUGAAGAUUCCCGCUCCUGCAGACGGAGCCAAGAGUGGAGGUAGCCAGCAGAUCUACAGCAUCCUGGCGUCCACUCACGGUACCUCAGAGCUCCGCCUGCUCACCAGCAAUAAGAAGGCGUCCGACGGUGUGGUUUUUGGCCCUGCUUUCUCAGGCCUGCUUAAUGUAUGUGAGACCUACGGAGACAGCAGCACCAACCAGGCCCCUCAGGUCAUCCCAGCUGCUCCUGCGCCCUCCAUACCCCCCGGGCUCAAACAGAGAUUCCACCCGUUUGGCAGCAAGACCCCCACACUCACCUGCGUGGCAGAGAGCGAGGCUGACGGAGCCGCUUUCGGGCCCUCGUCUACAACCCUCCGUCCCCUUGUAGUCAAACGGUUCAUAGAAGAAGCAGACAAAGAGGACGAGGAGGAGGAGAGGAAAAAGAAGAAGAAGAAAAAGAAAGAAAAGAGAAUAAAGACAGAACGAGAGGAGGAGGAAGUGGUGAGAGUGAAAGAGGAACCUGCAGCUGAAAUCCAGGAUGAAGUGACGAUGGAGCCCGACUCUCAGGAGGGCGAUGUUUCAGAGGAGAAGAGGAAGAAGAAGAAGAAAAAGAAGGACAGAGAGAGAGAGGAGGUGCAGGAAGGAGGAGAGUCCGAAGUUAAAGUGAAGCAGGAAGACGUUUCAGUGAAAUGCGAACCAAUGGACACUUCGUAUGGUGAUGUAGCGGACGGCUCAGGAAAGAAAAAGAAGAAGAAGAAGAAAAGCAAAACUGAUGACGACUAGUCGUUAAUCUGUUGUUGUGUGUUUUAUCUUUUGAUUUGUUCACUUUUGACCUCAUGAACCCAUCUGGGAGCCAAUUUACUACAAAUCCACUGAAGCUCAUCGAUAGAUCGCAUUGUGCAAGACUUGCGUUGACAGAUCAUUGUAUUCUUAAAAAAUAAAAACACAUCCUGAAUCAAUUAAACAGUGACAUGAAUGCUUAAGUGGAUUCAACCCAACAUCUUUAUGGCUGAUUUUCCCAUCACUUUGAGCUCAGAAAGCGACAGUUUUACACACAAAGAAUGUAUUCAGCCACAGACGUCUAUGAGUACAUGCAUAAUAAGCAAAUUUCUGCCUUUUCUGCCAGUGUCGUCAAGUCGUGGUAGAUUUUAUGGGAUUAUGCUCACACUGUGUUGCUGUGUUUGUGUACAUAUUUACAUAGUAAGGCUGGUAAUUUGGCAGCAGGUUGAGAAAACCAGAAUAAUGAUUCAUUGUCAUGUCAGAUUCAUCGUUCUUGUUUUUUUUUUGUUUUGUUUUGUAUUUUAAAGAUUUGAGUCACAUGUAUUGUGGAUAUUACCUGUGUGCAGGAGAAGACAUGCUACAAAAUAAACUCCAAUUGUGUUUAAAUGAAA